GGCUCACUCUACAGGGAGACCCAACACAGGCAAGAGAGGGUCUGACAAGUGGUGGAGGUGAGUGUCUUCCCCACUGACCCCAGCCCCGCCUGAGGCUCCAAGGAGACCGGCAACUGAAGCUUCUGGAAAGUAAAGGACAGCAAGGAAAUGCCACCCAAGACCAAACAGAAAGGCAGGAAAGCCGGCAUGCAGAAGAAGAAAAAGAACCCAGGGCCGGAUGUGGAGGCUGAGUCCAAGCACAGACAGCUGGUGCUGGAGACGGAGCUGCUCCGAGACCGGCUGGCUCUACAGAGGGAAGGGGCGCGUCGAGCCAAGGCUUCUGAAGAAAGGCUGAAGCAGAGGUUGCAAGAGUUGGAGGCUGAACUGGAAGAGGCCCGCAGCGAGGGGAAGGCCGUAUAUGCAGAGAUGAGUCGCCGGUGCAGGGCCCUGCAGGAGCAGAUGGAGAGACGCAGCAAGCAGCUGGAGGAGGAAGUGAGGGGUCUCCGCAAGCAGCUGGAGACUUGCCAGAGGGAGGCUGCGGCUGUACAGGGGGAGGCAGCGCGGGCCCUCGGAGAGCGGGACCACACCUUGGCUCAGCUUCGGGCCCACGUGGCCAGCAUGGAAGCCAAGUACGAGGACAUCUUACACGUGAGCACCCCGCCACCUCCACGAGCCCCACAGGGUGAUGACUGCCAACCCGGGGGGAAGAGAAGAAAGGGACUCCAAGGGACCCCUGCUCUGUCCCUAGCACAGGCAGAGGGAGUUCCACGGUGCCCACUCCCUUAGACCAGGAAGAAUGCUGGCAGGGAGAGCUCACAAGGCAGCCGCCCUCUCUUCCUGGGGACUGGGAGCUUGGUAUCCGCAGGGCAGCCUGGACCGGCUCCUGGCCAAGCUGAGGGCCACCCAGCCCCAGUGGGACGAGGCCGCACUGCGACUCCACGCCAGACACAAGGAGCAGCUGCGCCAGCUUGGACUCAACCCCCUGGAUCUUUGAAGCUGCCAGCCUCUGGGCUCUGGGACCCUCUGAGACCCCAGAAAUAAAACAUCCUGAAGGAGAACUCA